AUGCGCGGCUUUCGCUGGGCCUUCCGAGGGCGCGCCUUGGCUGGCUCUGGGGCCCUGGCCACUGCAGCUGCAGGGACUGCGUCACACUGGCGGCCAGCUCAGGAGCAGGGCACCUUUCACAAUUCGGAGCUGCCAGGUCGCUUUGAUCGCUGGGCCUCCGGACAUGUGCAAUGCGAGGGCCCGAAGCACAAGCUUACCGUUGCGGAGCUGCUGGCGCUGAAGGGGACGCGGCAGAUUGUGCUUACAACUGCCUUCGACGAGUGGACGGCGCGCGCAGCUGAGCAGGCUGGCGUGGACAUGAUCGUCGCUUGGGGCAGUUGCCAGGAACAUAGUAAGUACGUAGUCCAAGCGGUGCGACGCGGAGCACCGAACACUCUCAUCGGGACUGGGAUCAACCCUGGAGCGUACGAGAGCCAAGAGGCGGCCAUAAAAUUAGCGAAUGAGAUGCGGGCAGUGGGUACCGACAUCAUCUACUGCUCCGGGCUAGUUCCUGAGAAGUUUGCUGGACUGGCCAAGCAACAUUUCCCUUGCUGCGGGCAUGUGGGAUACCUGCCCGUGAACGAUACAUGGUUCGGUGGCCCACGAGGUGUCGGCAAAACUGCAGAUGAGGCGAAGAAGGUCUACGACGAUGUCAUGGCUCUUGAGGCCGCUGGCUGCAUUGCCGUGGAGAUGGAGUGCGUCCCCGCGAAGGUUGCAGCAGAGAUUUCCAAGCGCACCAAGAUGCUCGUGUUCUCCAUGGGUAGUGGCCCUGAAUGUGACGGCCAGUUCAUUUUCUCAGAGGAUCUCAUGGGCACCAACACAGGCCGCUAUCCGCGCCACUCCAUCACCUAUGCCAAUCUAAUGGCCGAUGCUGUCCAGGCAUUGAGUCAGUACUGUCAAGACGUCCGACGCGGGGCUUACCCGGCAGCAAAGCACUUUGUCAAGAUCAAGGACGAGGAGUUCCAACGCUUUAUGGCCUCUCUUAGCUGA